AUGUCUGGAACAAACGGCAUCAACGACCCCAGCGUCAGCGCCAGCACGACCACAACCACGACCACGGCCACGCAGGCAGACGAGCAUGUCUUCUUGCCCCGCGGCACCGUCCUGAUCGCAGGAGGCGGUCCCGUGGGACUGAUCCUGGCCAGAGUGUUGUCCUACUAUGGAGUCCGAUCGGUGCUGUUUGAGCGGAAUAAGACCACCACCAGCUGGCCUAAAAUGGACCUCACCAACGGGCGCUCCAUGGAACUGUUUCGCAAACUGGGCCUCGCCGACGACCUGCGACGACAGGGCGUCCCUCCCCAUAUCGACCAGGACGUCUUGAUCUCUUCCGGGCUGGCCAGCAAGGAAGCCAUCACGCGGUGGGAACUACCGGGGGUCGAUCGGUUCCGACAACGCAUUCACGAGCACAACGACGGCACGCAGCCCCAGGAGCCUUACCAGAGACUGUCGCAGGCUCUGUUUGAGAAGUGGUUGAAGGCGAUCUGUGACCAAGAUCCCCUGAUCGAGCUCCACUACGGCAACAAGGUCGAAUCGGUGCAGGAGACAGCGGACCAUGUCAAAACCACGGUGACGAAUGUCGAGACGGGCAAAUCGACCGUCUACGUGUCCGACUAUGUGGCCGGCUGCGAUGGAGCGUCGAGCCGGGUGCGAAAAUCCCUCGGGUUUCCGUUGGAUGGGGGGCCAGUUCCCAAGUGUGUGCUGCUGGUGCACUUCAAAUCUCGCGACCUCAGCCGUCUCCACGUCCAAGGCCAAUUCUGGCAUAUCUUCUUCCUGUCCGACCACGCCGAGGGCGGGUUUGGCAGCACCAUCAUCGCACAAGACGAGGUCGAUACCUGGACCACGCACCUGUUCCUCCCGCUGGACGCCGAGCCGGACAAGAUCGAGUCCCACGACGCCGUCUACCGGGCGUUGGGUGGUCUGCACGGGCCGUACCCGAUCGAGAUUGACGAGGUGCUCGUCCGGUCAGUCUGGCGGCCGAACAUCGCGGUGACACGCCAGUGGAGCAGCGCCGGCCAGCGCGUGCACGUGGCGGGAGACGCGGCCCAUCAAAACAUCCCCACGGGCGGCUACGGCAUGAAUAUGGGCAUCGGCGACGCGUUCGAUCUGGGCUGGAAGCUGGCCGCGGUGAUCAACGAACAAGCCGGCCGCGACUUGCUGCAGUCGUAUGAAGCGGAGAGAAAGCCCGUGGCCCUGCGCAACGUCGAGCGCUCGGGCGUGCACUUCCAGCUGCACGACCGGCUGAAAGACGAGUUCAUCGCCGGCGGCGACCCGCAUCGGGUGGACGCCGACACGGAGGAGGGCCGCCAGUUGCGGGCUGCCAUCCACGAAUACUACCAACAGCACGACGGGGAGAACAAGGACUUUGGCAUCGAGAUGGGCUACCGCUACCAAUCGCCCGUCAUCGUGCCCGACCGAGAGGCGACGGAGCCGGCGUGGACGCCGUCGCAGUACACGCCGACCUCGUGGCCCGGCGGUCGGCCGCCCCAUGUCUUCCUCUCGGACGGCACGGCCAUCUUCGACAAGUUCGGCAAACACUGGACGCUGCUGGUGUUUGCUGACGACAGCCAGAACAGCACCAGCGGUCAGGAGUUGGUGGCCGAGGCGGCCGCAUCUCUCUCGAUCCCCUUGAAAGUGGUCGCUCUGCCCGGCGAGGACCUAGCCAAGAGAUUGUACGAGAAGCCGCUGGUGUUGAUCCGGCCGGACCAGCACGUCGCCUGGAGAGGAGAUCAAGUGUCGAGUCUGCAGGAGGCGGAGAAGCUCCUGAACGUGGUCACGGGUCGGGUCCGGCCGGAUUCGACGGCGGGCGAAGGCCAGAAGGCGGCUCCCAGCGUGGCGUUCACUGCCACGCAGGAACUGACCACGCAGGUGGAGGACUUUAAGCUCGAGAAGAUGGCCGCCUUUCAGAUGUAG